AUUGUGAUGCUGUGACGUGAUUGCUGACCCCGCCCUCGUAUGUGUGUUUCUACAAGGUCCUGUAGGCAAAAGUAAAAGUCCUUCCCUGCCAGAACGACCACAUUCUUUAGAUAACUCGUCAGUUCAUCAUGUCUGGAAGAGGCAAAGGUGGUAAAGGACUCGGAAAGGGAGGCGCUAAGCGUCAUCGUAAAGUUCUGCGUGAUAACAUUCAGGGUAUCACCAAACCCGCCAUCCGUCGUCUCGCUCGCCGUGGUGGUGUCAAGCGUAUCUCCGGUCUUAUCUAUGAGGAGACCCGCGGUGUGUUGAAGGUGUUUCUGGAGAAUGUUAUCCGUGACGCCGUCACCUACACCGAGCACGCCAAGAGAAAGACCGUCACAGCUAUGGAUGUCGUGUACGCGCUGAAGAGACAGGGACGCACACUGUACGGUUUCGGAGGUUAAACGAUUGAAAGAAAAACAAAACCCAACGGCUCUUCUAAGAGCCACC